GUGUGAGCCCCGAGGAGGCAGCGUUUUUUGCUCUUCCCUCUGGUUCUCUCUCUCCAGAAGGUUCUGCCGGUUCUCCCCGCUGUGGGUACCCGGCUCCGCAUCGCGCCGCCAUGAUGGGCCAUCGUCCGGUGCUCGUGCUCAGCCAGAACACAAAGCGUGAAUCUGGAAGAAAAGUUCAAUCUGGAAAUAUCAAUGCCGCCAAGACCAUUGCAGAUAUCAUCCGAACGUGUCUGGGACCCAAGUCCAUGAUGAAGAUGCUUUUGGACCCGAUGGGAGGCAUUGUGAUGACCAACGAUGGCAAUGCCAUUCUUCGAGAGAUUCAAGUUCAGCAUCCGGCAGCCAAGUCCAUGAUCGAGAUUAGCCGGACGCAGGAUGAAGAGGUUGGAGACGGGACCACGUCGGUGAUCAUUCUUGCCGGGGAGAUGCUGUCUGUGGCCGAGCACUUCCUGGAGCAGCAGAUGCACCCGACGGUGGUGAUCGGCGCCUACCGCAAGGCCCUGGACGACAUGGUCAGCACCCUCAAGAAAAUCAGCACCCCCGUCGACACCAGUAACCGUGACAUGAUGCUGAACAUCAUCAACAGCGCCAUCGCCACCAAAGCGAUCAGCCGGUGGUCCUCGCUGGCUUGCGGCAUCGCCCUGGACGCCGUCAGAACUGUGCAGUUCGAGGAGAACGGGCGCAAGGAGAUAGACAUCAAGAAAUACGCACGGGUGGAAAAGAUCCCUGGGGGCAUCAUCGAGGACUCGUGCGUCCUGCGCGGAGUCAUGAUUAACAAAGACGUGACGCACCCACGCAUGCGGCGCUACAUCAAGAACCCUCGCAUCGUGCUGCUGGACUCCUCUCUGGAGUACAAGAAAGGAGAGAGCCAGACGGACAUUGAGAUCACACGAGAGGAGGACUUCACCCGAAUCCUCCAGAUGGAAGAAGAGUACAUCCAGCAGCUGUGCGAGGACAUCAUCCACCUGAAGCCCGACGUGGUCAUCACGGAGAAGGGCAUCUCCGACUUAGCUCAGCACUACCUCAUGCGGGCCAAUAUCACCGCGAUCCGCAGGGUGCGGAAGACAGACAACAACCGCAUUGCGAGAGCCUGCGGGGCCCGGAUAGUCAGCCGGCCGGAGGAGCUGAGAGAAGAAGAUGUUGGGACAGGAGCGGGCGUGUUGGAAAUCAAGAAAAUUGGAGAUGAGUAUUUUACAUUCAUCACUGAGUGCAAAGACCCCAAGGCCUGUACCAUCCUCCUGCGGGGGGCCAGCAAGGAGAUUCUCUCGGAAGUGGAGCGGAACCUCCAGGACGCCAUGCAGGUGUGCCGCAACGUCCUCCUGGACCCCCAGCUGGUCCCAGGGGGCGGGGCCUCUGAGAUGGCCGUGGCCCAUGCUUUGACAGAAAAGUCCAAGGCCAUGACCGGCGUGGAGCAGUGGCCGUACCGGGCCGUCGCCCAGGCGCUCGAGGUCAUCCCUCGCACCCUCAUCCAGAACUGCGGGGCCAGCACCGUCCGCCUGCUCACCUCCCUUCGGGCCAAGCACACCCAGGAGGGCUGUGAGACGUGGGGUGUGAACGGGGAGACCGGCACCCUGGUGGACAUGAAGGAGCUGGGCAUCUGGGAGCCCCUGGCCGUCAAGCUGCAGACAUACAAGACGGCGGUGGAGACGGCAGUUCUGCUCCUGCGGAUUGAUGACAUCGUCUCCGGCCACAAAAAGAAGGGUGACGACCAGAGCCGGCAAGGCGGGGCUCCCGACGGCGGCCAGGAGUGAGUGGCGGGCAAGGCGGCCUCAGUGCACAGAGCCAGCGGGGCCCCCUCUUCCUGAGCCAGACCGCCUGACGCUGGAUGUCUGUUGGGAAGGGGUCGGGUUGAGGGGCAGCCCAGCCCAUCUCUGUCCCAGCUCAAGUUUGCAGAAGGCGCUGACAUGUGAUUCGUCUCUAUUAUUGUAAGCUUUCCACUUAGUUUGCUUCCGAUGAUUAAAUCUAAGUCAUUUGAGA